UCUCUCUCUCUCUCUCUCUCUCUCCAAUAUAUAAAGGAACUCCCCCUUCAUCUCUUAUGCACAAGCUCUUGACACCAGACAUUAAUACGAAGUCAAUGUCUUGCGUCUCCUCCCUCCCUUUGCAAAUACCCAACGCUGAUCAGCUAAACAACCAGUACUUCUCGAUGUCCGAAUUCACCGGAAACGGCGGCGACGGGGAUUUACAAGCAGUGGUCAGAGGAUUCAACAACUGCUUCUCCCCUUGCAGUACAAUCCUGGACUACCCACACACGUGUUUUUCUCCUUUGGUGGUGCAAGAAGAAGAUGUGUUGUUCAGCUCUUUCCCUGAUUUAUUAUUCGAAUCGAAUACGGUUUUUGAUGAAUUGGAGCAACUUUACAAGCCCUUUUACCCCGCUUCGAGUCAACUAUCCCCACAAACUUCUCUUUCUUCUUCUGUUUCUGAUCAUGAAGAAAGAGAGGCCAAUAGGGUGCAAGAAAAGGAGGCUUUUCCCGAGUCUGCUAUCGUUGUUGCUGCUGCUGCUGCUACUACUUCUACUCUUCCAGUUAAAUACAAACGAAGGAAGACUCAGCACAAAAGAGUGGUAGUGGAAGUUGCAGCCGAAGGUCUUUCCUCCGAUGUGUGGGCUUGGCGCAAGUAUGGUCAGAAACCCAUCAAAGGAUCACCACAUCCAAGGAGCUACUACAGGUGCAGCAGUUUAAAAGGAUGUCUAGCCAGAAAGCAAGUGGAACGUAGCCAAUCCGAUCCUCAAAUGUUUGUCAUCACCUACACCGCCGAGCACUGCCACAGCCACCCAAUUCGCAAGAGUUCCCUUGCCGGCACCACUCGCCACAAGUUCUCCCUCUCCAAAAGCCGGCCCACCACGAGCAAUCCCGACACAUCGAUAUCCACGGAUUCCGGCUCAUGCUCUCUGUCGCCACCCGUUACCCCGGUAUUGGCAAUGAAGGUAGAAGAUGGGCAACGAAUAUCGGAUAUUGAAGCAAGCAAAAGUAAUGUUGGAGUACUGGAUGACAUGUGUGAUGUGAUGUUGUGUGAUGACUUGUUUUGGGGAUUUGAUGAACUUGAUAGACUCAACUUCUGAUUUUAGCUUUAUAUAUAUAUAUACUAUAGUGACUAGCUAGUUAAUUAGUUCAACGUCAAACUUGAGAGGAGGGAGAUAAGUUGUUGUAAUUAUUUUUCAGACACUAAUAAAUAGAGAUCUAUCAAU